CAGUUCUUUGCGGUAUUUACCCUGUUUGAGUGACACUGGACGAAGUUCCACCGCCGUGAGGCGCGGCCGAUUGAACACGCUGUGAAACUUGAACGAUAUCAAAAUUCGUGUCAAAAAUCGUGAACCCGUCCCCGUGCACAGGAUGGAGUGCGCGGCAGAUCUGGUAGAACAAAACAUGACCACACGUGACGAACCCAUCGACGACGAUGACUACGGUGCCGAUGAGGAGGACGACGAACAGGAACUCGAUCUCCGAAGAUCCCCCUGCGAGAACGGAUCUAGUGGAGGCGAUCUCUCGGAUCCUCCCAGCCACGUAUCCAAAGAUCUCAAAGAUUCUCAACAGGACCAGCUACAGAUGUCCGCGGCAGCCCUAGCGACAGCUCAGGCGAUGUUCGCGGCAGCGGGAAAGGCCUCGGAUAGACUCCCGUCUCUGGGCUUCUUGCCGGGAGCUCACGGCUUCCUCAACGCACAGGCUCAUCUGCAGGCUCUCCGCAACCCAGCCUUCCUCCAACUCACCCAGAAUCUUGGACUGCCCGAUCCUGAAAAGCAAUACGGGUUCGACAGUCAGCUGAAACAGAUUUUCGCAAGCCAGCAACAACAGCAGCAGCAGCCGCAAGGAUUCAAGGCACCCGCACAAACCUCUUCGAAUCCGGAAGAUACUCCAAAACAGAAGUCGAGCACAGAGUUCUGCCGUGACUUCAAACUGUUAUACGAACUAAGCGAUGACCCAAAACGCAAGGAGUUCCUUGAUGAUUUAUUCGCAUUCAUGCAUAAUCGAGGCACACCAGUCAAUCGGAUCCCGAUCAUGGCGAAGCAAGUUCUGGAUCUCUACGAGUUAUACCGACUGGUUGUUGCACGGGGAGGUCUUGUCGAAGUGAUCAACAAGAAAAUCUGGAGGGAAAUCACCAAAGGUCUCAAUUUGCCGUCGAGCAUAACCUCCGCAGCUUUUACGUUGCGCACCCAGUACAUGAAAUACCUGUACCCGUACGAGUGCUCAAAGGAGAAGUUGAGCGAACCUGAGGAACUACAGGCGGCUAUAGACGGCAAUCGACGCGAAGGUCGCCGAUCGUCGUACAACCACUUCAAUGAUAUGCUUUCUUCGUCACAAGUUCGCUCACCGAACAACCCUCCCUUAUCGCUGGUUUCCCACCGAGGUCUCCUGCAGCUGAACGGUGGCUUGAACGGGAGCAACAACAGUUUGAACAACAGCAGCAGCGGCGAUGAAGACAAUAGCAUCGGAUCCAUAACGCCAUUGAACCAAGAGCAAGCCUUGAACCUUGAUGUAAAGACAGAGCGGAAAUCUCCCCCACUACUUUCGCUCCCUCAAUCUCAGCCUCUGCCGUCGUCCUUGAAACGAGGUUUGAAUCCUCUGGAUCAGCUUAGCCCGCCGGAGCAUCCCGCAAAUCACUUGAAAAAACUGUGUACCGAAGAACUUCUGAAAAAUCAUAUGAAGAUACCGAUCAUUGGCAAAGAUGGACGUCCAGUGGAUGCAGGUAUCCCAGUGAGCAUGGAAAUCAACGGUGUGCUCUACCAAGGCAUUCUAUUCGCCCAACCGAAGCACUGAGAGUACCAGAUACUCUCUCCUAGCUAGAAUUACAUAACUGAAAUAGAAGAAGUAAGG